UGACACUUCAAUUAAAUCUACGGCUCCACGAGACAGACAUGUAUUACGCCACGCGCACGAGCAGCAAAGAAAAGCUCCGAACAUGCACACCGAUAACCAUCAAAUGACAGCAGACACGGGCUGUCAUAUUUAGCUGGUCUGGAUGCAGAAUUAAUUCCGAGCGUAAGCUUUGUCGCGCACCGGAGUGACUUGUUAACAAGCGCAGCGAACGGCCGGAACAGUUUGUGUUUGCACCCUGCAGUCAGUUGCUGGGGACGCACGUUGUAAAAUGAGGUUGGGAAGCAUCGUUUUAUUCGUCGCCCUCUGCUCUUUUACCGCUUAUUAUAUUUAUGAGCCCAUUCCCGAGGAGAUAGAGGAAAGAUGGAAACUCAUGCUGACCAACUCUUUCUUCAGGAGUCUCAGCCACCUGGCAGACCUCAGUGAAUUACUGGGGCUGAAGGACUACAUGGGGGUAAUGUACUUAAUUACUCUGCUUGAGAAGAUAGUGCCUGUGUCUGAUGAGCAUGUCAAGGUGACAGAAGAGACAUUUGAUGGAGUGGAGGUGGUGCUUUACCAGCCAAAGCAGCGGGGCAGUGACACUGCACUCAGGAGAGCAGUCAUAUACCUACAUGGUGGAGGAUGGUGUCUGGGGAGUUCCCGAAUGAGUCCAUAUGAUCUCUUGGCCAGAAAAACUGUCACUGAGCUAGAUGCAGUUGUCCUUUCUGUGGAGUACCGCCUUGCCCCUGCUCACCACUUUCCUGUUCCAUAUGAGGACGUGUACCGUGUGGUCAAACAUUUCCUCCAGAAGGGGGUGCUGGCCCAGUACUCUGUGGACCCAGGACGCAUUGCUGUGUCUGGGGAUAGUGCUGGGGGGAACCUGGCAGCUGCAGUCUCUCAACAGUUGCAAAAAGAACCUGGACAGCAGAUUCAGUUGAAGGCUCAAGCACUCAUUUACCCAGUGCUACAGGCUCUGGACCUGAACACUCCUUCAUAUCAGCAGAAUCAGGACAUGCCCAUUCUGCCCCGCACCCUCAUGGUGCGUUUCUGGAGUGAGUACUUCACCAGCGACAAGGCCCUUUUCAGAGCCAUGAUGGCUAACACCCACAACAACCCUGAGUCUUCCAGCCUUCUGAAGUUUGUCAACUGGAGCGCCUUUCUGCCAGAAACAUAUCAUAGAGAAUACAACUACAGUGCUCCCGCUGUGGUGCAGGGAGAUGGAGGGGAGGCAGUUGAGAUAGAUGGCCCAUCUCGAUCUUUUGCUGACCCAAGGGCAUCGCCCUUGCUGGUUCCAGACUCGGCCUUACGCUCUCUGCCUAAGGCCUAUGUCCUUACAUGUGAGUAUGAUGUUCUAAGAGAUGAUGGCAUCAUGUAUGUCACACGGCUCCGUGCUGCUGGUGUUGAGGUGACACAUGAACACUAUGACACAGGGUUUCAUGGAGCUCUGAUGUUCACCGUGUGGCCAACUGACUUCCUGAUUGCACAACGCAUGACAGAUAACUAUAUCAAAUGGCUCAAGGAAAACUUGUAAAAACUCUUGACAAUUCAUAUUCAUUCCAGUUUUUCCACAUAAUGCACCAGUGCUCGGUUGGGUGCAGAUUUUUUCCAUCUGGUGGUCAGCUUUUUGUCGUUUAUUUCUUUCUCUUUGGUCAUGCUAUUUUUCUGUAAAUAUAUUGAGAAAUAUAUUAACUUCAUUUAUUUUCCCACUCGUGCAUUUUACGACAUUAGAUACCAGGAUAAGACUUUAAAAGAAUAGUUCAGAUUUGUUCACAUAUGGUGGUUUCAAUUACAACCCAUUACACAAGAUAGAUGAUAUCAUCACUCUUGUACAAUAGUAGUAUUGUGUUUUUUGUCCAACAAACACAAUACUACCCAGACAGAUUUGAGGGGGAAAAUCAAACUCACUAAAAUUUUUGUAUUGUGGAUUGUUAAUUAUUUAUUUAGGUGGUUAGGUGGCCCUGUGUGGUGCUGCUCAUUCUUAUUUCCCACUGCAGAACAUGGUACCUGAUCUUAAGUCUGCUGUAUCAGUAUCGGUAUUACUUGUUAGUAAUGCAUACCAUUAAAAAAAAAAUCUGAACUAUCCCAUUAGGGGUCUUAAGAAUCACAAGCAACACCAAAAAUACAGUAUAUUCAUUUUGGCCAAAAUUAACAUUUAUCACUUAGUGCAGCUGAUACUGAAACUUGAGUUUGUUUUGAAAACCAUAACUCACAUGUAAUGGUGACUGACAUUGAAUCAAAGGUUGGAAAGUGGCAUUCUGUUAAAUACAACAACAUUGUUUUUCAUGAGGAAAUUACCAACUCAAAGUUGUGCAAAUGCCCAAACAAAUGUGGUACACACUGGUAUGGAUGCUUGUAUGUGCUUGUAUGGUAAAUGAUUUAAAUAACAGAGUGAAUGGCAUCUUCAUUAGCACAUCUUCUUGCAUUUAGUCUCAUUUCUGCUCAGAAGUACAACAAAAAAUGGUUUUGCUUGUUAGCUUUGUAAUGGCUGCGCAUUAGGGCUAAACCCAAUGAAAUUUGAUCAGCCACAUUCCACACAGAGUAUUGUAACAAUGUGUAUACCUCCAAACUUUUUUCACACCAUGCAUACACACAUUUUUGUAGUUGAGCUUAGCUGAAUGUGAUGUAGCAGAACAGCAAAGAGAGGGAUAAUGUCCAAGAGGGAACUUGGGCAGUAUAUUUGCAGCACAUCACAAGUCUCUGAACCUCAAGAUACCAUAUAAUAUGAUUUAUAGGGGUGUGUAUAUGUACUAACCCCUUCUCUGCUCAGGCAUUUAUUUUAUUGUAGUGUAAGCUAAAAGUGCAGUCAUUUGAGAAUAAGAGUAAAGCUCAUUAGAUCAUAAAUUGGACCUUCUACAUGCUAACAAGUAAUAAGCUAAUAUAGGUUUUGGUUCUGUUAGAUGUGCAAGACCAAGUGCAAGACCAAGUGUGAGUUUCAUGAAGAAAUUUAGAACAUGAAACAGCGUGUAGACAGGAGUUUAUAUGGCCGGCGCAACAAUUAUAUGCAUAUCUCACAUCUUUUUAUGUAAAUGACUGCAGUUUGUUGUCCUCAGUCAACAUUUAGUCCGUGAGGCCAAACAAUCAUAUUACGUGACUUGAAAACAUUAAAUUUUCUCUCCCUUUUAUCUUUUUGUCUGUGGGUGACAUCACCCUGUGACUGUAUAACAGGGAAGUAAAGGUUACCAAAAGGUAAAGGUUACCAAAAAUUAUACUUAAGUGGCUGCCUGUGGUUAACACUGUUCUUUAAGCUAAGCAACAAUUGAUAUGAAACAGCUGAAAGCCUAAGCUUCUAGGGAUGUCUUUGUUAGGAUUUUUUUUUUUUUAAACAAAGAAAAUACACUAUCACAUAUGUAACUUCUUAAACAAUCGACAGUUUUAGAAAGAAACUGUGGCUCUUUUGUUUAAGCACUGCUACAUUCUCAGUUGUAAAUGUGACUCUUUCUAUUUUUGUUUUGGAUUCCCUCUUGGCAAACAUAUGAUAUGCAUCUUUUUUCAUUUUAAUGUUAUCUGACAAUAAAUUGAC